AUGAAGACGCUCGGUAUAUCAUGGGACGCGCUGAAGGACAGGGUUCUCUACACGGUCGAGCCGCCAAGCAGCCAGAAGAUUACGAAACGAACGAUCCUGUCAGCAAUUGCCAAAAUCUUUGACCCGUUGGGACUCCUCGGCCCAGUAACUAUCACUGCAAAGAUGAUAAUGCAACGGCUAUGGCAACUGAAGAUCGACUGGGAUGAAUCGCUCCCAGCCAAUCUCUACACAGAAUGGACCACCUUCGUCAACCAACUGCAACUGCUGAACAACAUCGAGUUUCCACGCAACGUAACCCAACGAGCGGUCCAUCACAUCGAUAUACAUGGUUUCUGCGAUGCGAGCGAGCGAGCGUACGGUGCGUGUUUAUACAUACGAACAAUAAACAGAGCAGGCCACAUCAGGACGCAGCUUCUUUGUGCGAAAUCGCGCGUCGCACCACUCAAAACCAUCAGCCUCGCACGUUUGGAAUUAUGCGGUGCGGUGCUCCUAGCAUCGUUAUAUGCCACCGUCCGAGGAGCCAUCACACACGACAUCCGCAACACGACAUUCUGGACCGAUUCUACCAUAGUUUUAAAUUGGAUCCACACACCACCGAACACACUGAAAACAUUCGUAGCAAACCGCGUAUCCGACAUACAGACGAAGACGGACGUAACGACAUGGCGACACGUGACAUCACAUGACAAUCCGGCCGACUUAUUAUCGCAAGGAUUGACGCCCCUACAAUUCCUCGAAACCGACCUCUGGCGACGCGGACCUAGGUGGCUCUCAAUCGUCGAAUCGGAGUGGCCAAAAUCUAAGUUCGCGAUCACAACCGACGUGCCAGAGCGAAAGAAAAUCACAUGUCUCGCCACCACCACAGUACACACGGACGACAUCAUAACGCGGUACUCUUCGGCCACAAAGCUAAAACGAGUCGUAGCUUAUUGUUUGCGCUUCCGACCAAACCAUCGCACCAAUGGACCUCUCACCGUGCAAGAGAUCCAGGAGGCAACCGUACGCAUCGUUAAAAUAGUGCAGGCAAUCGAAUUUAAACAGGAGAUCCACAAUCUCACAUCGGGAACCACAUUAUCUUCAAAGAGCAAGCUUCGUCCGCUCAACCCGUUUCUCGACAGCAAGGGAAUUCUACGCGUCGGAGGACGCCUUCAAAACUCCUCACUGCCGUACGCUCAAAAGCAUCCGGUACUUUUACCAAGAAACCACCAUCUGACCACGUUGAUUAUUCGCGACUCACACAUGAAUAAUCAACACGCAGGCAUAACAUCUACCCUCAAUGACGUUAGGCAAACGUACUGGCCUAUCGAUGGGAAAAAUGCAACGCGCAAAAUCGUGCGACAGUGCGUCAGAUGCUUCCGAGUGGAUCCACCUACGGUAGACUACGUGAUGGGUAAUUUACCGGCAGCUCGCGUCGCCGAUAGUCGACCAUUCCACAACAGUGGAGUAGACUAUUGCAGCCCAUUCUACGUAAAGGAACGGCGCAAUCGUAAUCGCGCGCGCGUUAAAGUCUACGUCGCCGUAUUUAUUUGCUUUGCUACGAAAGCGAUUCACCUAGAGGUUGUGAGCGACAUGAACACCGAGGCCUUCAUCGCGGCCUUAAAACGCUUCAUGGCUCGAAGAGGACUCUGCCACAACAUUUAUUCCGACAACGGCACAAAUUUCGUUGCCGCGAAUAACGAGUUGACGGAGGUAUACCAGGCGCUCCAGGAGGACAAGGUCCGAAGAUUCCUUCCGAACAAGGAAGUCACGUGGCACUUCAUGCCUGCCUUGUCACCUCAUUUCGGAGGACUUUGGGAGGCUGCCGUGAAAUCCUUCAAACACCAUGUGAAACGUGUUGUGGGUGAAGAAUUGUUUACGUUCGAGCAAUUUAACACCUUCGUCAUUGAAGUCGAAGCAAUCCUAAAUUCCCGUCCGCUAUCCCCCCUCUCCUCAGAUCCCAACGAUCUUACUGCAGUGACUCCGGGUCACUUUUUGAUUGGUGGUUCCUUAACGAGCGUACCCGAGACUGAUUUCAGGAAAACACCAGCCAAUCGCUUAUCAAAUUGGCAGCACAUACAGGAGGUGAAACGAGAUUUCUGGUCGAGAUGGUAUAAGGAAUACAUCCACCAUCUGAACGUGCGGCAAAAAUGGACCAAGAGCUCGCACGACAUUAAGAAAGGAACAGUGAUCGUUCUCAAGGAGAACAAUCUCCCACCACUAUUCUGGCAUCUGGGACAAGUCGAGGAGAUUCAUCCGGGUGCAGACGGGAUCACCCGACCAUCAACGGCAUAUAUAAACGCAACGUGA